CUGGUGGUCUGGUGGUUUCCAAGCCCAUAUAUACACCCCAGCUUAUGGCGUUGGUACUGACUCAAUCAGGGAGCCUUCAUCCGCACACAGCAUACCACCACACCACCAGGCUACUACCAUACCAUCAUCCCAUCGCAGCCAUCGGCGAUCGACGACGGCAGGACAGAUGGACCGGAGGAUAUCCAAGGAGGACGGCGAGGCGGUGAAGCCGACGAGGAGCUUCCGCUACGAGGACUACAGCACCAGGCGUGUGUUCCUGCGCAGCUACCCGCUGCAGUGGGACUGGUCGCCCGCGCAGGACGACGACGACGACGACGACAAGGACGGCCUGAGCCACGCGGAGGCUGCGGCCGGGAACAGGGCGGAUCAUGCCGACGGCGACGAGUGCUGCGGCGGCGCCGGCAGCAGGCGGUGGAAGAGGCAGGUGGUGGCGGCCGUGACCGAGUGGGGGGAAGACAAGCUGCUGCUGCUCCGGAGGGCCAAGAAGCGCCUGGCGCUCUACCUGAUCGGCUGCCACAACCACGGCCAUGGCCGCCGCGCGCUGCCCUUCCCGUCGGCCGGCGGAUCCUGCACCGUCGCCAUGCUCACCUCCAGAUGAUCCAUCCAUCACCGUGCACGCACGGCAUGCAUCAUGCAAUGUGUUGUGUGGUCGAUGAUCAAUCCAUUGGUCCGUCCACGUCUUCGUAUCUUUGUAUAGUAUAUACUACUCUGUUGAUUGGCGGCUUCGUGCUCUCUGAAAUGAAUUGAAAAUGCAAUGUACUCAUGCUACCAAAAACUUGAUUAUAUACAUACCACUAGUAAAUAGGGUCUGUAGAGCAGAGCUACUAAAUUAAUAAUUUUUCUCCGAUAGUUCUUCAAGAAAAAGUUUGCACAUGUCUUAAAGCAACUAAAUACUAAUUAAAUCAAUCAUGAUUUUAGGCCUUGUUUA